AUGCGCGGCGCCGGUGGCCCCCGCGGCCUUCGGGGCCCCGCUAAGAUGCUGCUGCUGCUGGCGCUGGCGUGCGCCAGCCCGUUCCCGGAGGAGGGGCCGGGGCCGGGCGGGGCCGGCGGGCCUGGCGGGGGCACCGGCGGGGCGCGACCUCUCAACGUGGCGCUCGUGUUCUCGGGGCCCGCGUACGCGACCGAGGCGGCGCGACUGGGCCCGGCCGUGGCGGCAGCCGUGCGCAGCCCGGGCCUGGACGUGCGGCCGGUGGCGCUGGUGCUCAACGGCUCGGAUCCACGCAGCCUCGUGCUGCAGCUCUGCGACCUGCUGUCGGGGCUGAGGGUGCACGGCGUCGUCUUCGAGGACGACUCGCGCGCGCCCGCCGUCGCGCCCAUCCUUGACUUCCUGUCGGCACAGACCUCGCUGCCCAUCGUGGCCGUGCACGGCGGCGCCGCGCUCGUGCUCACGCCCAAGGAGAAGGGUUCCACCUUCCUGCAGCUGGGCUCGUCCACAGAGCAGCAGCUUCAGGUCAUCUUCGAGGUGCUGGAGGAAUACGACUGGACGUCUUUUGUAGCUGUGACCACGCGUGCCCCCGGCCACCGGGCCUUCCUGUCCUACAUUGAGGUGCUGACGGAUGGCAGCCUGGUGGGCUGGGAGCACCGCGGGGCGUUGACGCUGGACCCUGGGGCUGGCGAGGCCGUGCUGGGCGCCCAGCUCCGUAGCGUCAGUGCGCAGAUCCGCCUGCUCUUCUGUGCCCGUGAGGAGGCCGAGCCCGUGUUCCGGGCAGCCGAGGAGGCUGGGCUCACUGGGCCUGGCUACGUCUGGUUCAUGGUGGGGCCCCAGCUGGCUGGAGGCGGGGGCUCGGGCACCUCUGGGGAGCCCCUUCUUCUGCCAGGAGGCGCCCCAUUGCCUGCCGGGCUGUUUGCAGUGCGCUCGGCAGGCUGGAGGGAUAAUCUGGCCCGGCGUGUGGCAGCUGGCGUGGCCGUAGUGGCCAGAGGUGCCCAGGCCCUGCUGCGUGACUAUGGCUUCCUGCCUGAACUUGGCCAUGACUGUCGCGCCCAAAACCGCACCCACCGAGGGGAGAGUCUACACAGGUACUUCAUGAACAUUACCUGGGAUAACCGGGAUUACUCCUUCAAUGAGGAUGGCUUCCUGGUGAACCCCUCCCUGGUGGUCAUCUCCCUCACCCGAGACAGGACGUGGGAGGUGGUGGGCAGCUGGGAGCAGCAGACUCUCCGCCUCAAGUACCCGCUGUGGUCCCGCUAUGGCCGCUUCCUGCAGCCAGUUGAUGACACGCAGCACCUCACCGUGGCCACGCUGGAAGAGAGGCCUUUCGUCAUUGUGGAGCCCGCCGACCCCAUCAGUGGCACUUGCAUCCGAGACUCCGUCCCCUGCCGGAGUCAGCUCAACCGCACCCACAGCCCUCCGCCGGACGCCCCCCGCCCAGAAAAGCGGUGCUGCAAGGGCUUCUGCAUCGACAUUCUGAAGCGGCUGGCGCAGACCAUCGGCUUCAGCUAUGACCUCUACCUGGUCACCAACGGCAAGCACGGCAAAAAGAUUGAUGGUGUCUGGAACGGCAUGAUCGGGGAGGUGUUCUACCAGCGCGCGGACAUGGCCAUUGGCUCUCUCACCAUCAACGAGGAGCGGUCCGAGAUAGUGGAUUUCUCCGUCCCCUUCGUGGAGACAGGCAUCAGCGUUAUGGUGGCGCGUAGCAAUGGCACUGUGUCCCCCUCGGCCUUUCUCGAGCCAUACAGCCCUGCCGUGUGGGUGAUGAUGUUCGUCAUGUGCCUUACCGUGGUCGCCGUCACCGUUUUCAUCUUUGAGUACCUCAGUCCCGUCGGCUACAACCGCAGCCUGGCCACAGGCAAACGCCCUGGCGGCUCAACUUUCACCAUUGGGAAAUCCAUCUGGCUGCUCUGGGCCCUCGUGUUCAAUAACUCGGUGCCCGUGGAGAACCCCCGGGGGACCACCAGCAAAAUCAUGGUGCUGGUGUGGGCUUUCUUCGCCGUCAUCUUCCUCGCCAGCUACACAGCCAACCUGGCCGCCUUCAUGAUCCAGGAGGAGUAUGUGGAUACCGUGUCUGGGCUCAGUGACCGAAAGUUCCAGCGGCCCCAGGAGCAGUACCCGCCCCUGAAGUUUGGGACGGUGCCCAACGGGUCCACAGAGAAGAACAUCCGCAGCAACUACCCCGACAUGCACAGUUACAUGGUGCGCUACAACCAGCCCCGCGUAGAGGAAGCGCUCACUCAGCUCAAGGCAGGGAAGCUGGAUGCCUUCAUCUACGACGCGGCUGUGCUCAACUACAUGGCCCGCAAAGAUGAGGGCUGCAAGCUCGUCACCAUCGGCUCCGGCAAGGUCUUUGCCACCACGGGCUACGGCAUCGCCCUGCACAAGGGCUCCCGCUGGAAGCGGCCCAUCGACCUGGCGCUGCUGCAGUUCCUGGGGGAUGAUGAGAUCGAGAUGCUGGAGCGGCUGUGGCUCUCUGGGAUCUGCCACAAUGACAAAAUCGAGGUGAUGAGCAGCAAGCUGGAUAUCGACAACAUGGCGGGCGUCUUCUACAUGCUGCUGGUGGCCAUGGGCCUCUCCCUGCUGGUCUUCGCCUGGGAGCACCUGGUGUACUGGCGCCUGCGGCAUUGCCUGGGGCCCAGCCACCGCAUGGAUUUCCUGCUGGCCUUCUCCAGGGGCAUGUACAGCUGCUGCAGCGCGGAGGCCGCCCCGCCGCCCGCCAAGCCCCCGCCGCCGCCGCAGCCGCUGCCCAGCCCGGUGUACCCGGCGGCGAGGCCCGCUCCCGGCCCCGCGCCCUUCGUGCCCCGCGAGCGCGCCACGGUGGACCGCUGGCGCCGCGCCAAAGGUGCAGGGCCGCCGGGGGGCGCGAGCUUGGCCGACGGCUUCCACCGCUACUACGGCCCCAUCGAGCCGCAGGGCCUGGGCGUGGGCGAGGCGCGCGCCGCGCCCCGGGGCGCGACCGGGCGCCCGCUAUCUCCGCCGGCUACGCAGCCCCCGCAGAAGCCGCCGCCCUCCUACUUCGCCAUCGUGCGCGACAAAGAGCCGGCCGAGCCCCCCGCCGGCGCCUUCCCUGGCUUCCCGUCGCCGCCCGCGCCCCCGGCCGCCGCGGCCACGGCCGUCGGGCCGCCGCUCUGCCGCCUGGCCUUCGAGGACGAGAGCCCGCCGGCGCCCACGCGCUGGCCGCGCUCGGACCCCGAGAGCCAGCCCCUGUUGGGCCCCGGCGCGGGCGGCGCGGGCGGUGCGGGGGGCGCGGGCGGCGGAGCCCAGGCCGCGCCACCCCCGUGCCGCGCCGCGCCUCCCCCCUGUCCUUACCUUGACCUAGAGCCGUCGCCGUCGGACUCGGAGGACUCGGAGAGCCUGGGCGGCGCGUCGCUGGGCGGCCUGGAGCCCUGGUGGUUCGCCGACUUCCCCUACCCGUACGCCGAGCGCCUCGGGCCGCCGCCCGGCCGCUACUGGUCGGUCGACAAGCUCGGGGGCUGGCGCGCCGGCAGCUGGGACUACCUGCCCCCGCGCAGCGGCCCCGCCGCCUGGCACUGUCGCCACUGCGCUAGCCUGGAGCUGCUGCCGCCGCCGCGCCAUCUCAGCUGCUCACACGACGGCCUGGACGGCGGCUGGUGGGCGCCGCCGCCCCCGCCCUGGGCCGCGGGGCCCCCGCCCCGGCGCCGGGCCCGCUGCGGGUGUCCGCGGUCGCAUCCUCACCGCCCGCGGGCCUCGCACCGCGCGCCCGCAGCUGCCGCGCCGCACCACCACCGGCACCGGCGCGCCGCGGGGGGCUGGGACCUCCCGCCGCCCGCGCCCACCUCGCGAUCGCUCGAGGACCUCAGCUCGUGUCCCCGCGCCGCCCCCGCGCGCAGGCUCACCGGGCCCUCCCGCCACGCGCGCCGGUGCCCGCACGCCGCGCACUGGGGGCCGCCGCUGCCCGCCGCGCCCCACCGGAGACACCGGGGCGGGGACCUGGGUACCCGCCGGGGCUCGGCGCACUUUUCCAGCCUCGAGUCCGAGGUAUGA